ACACUGUCAAAAGAUUAUGAGAAGACCAAUGCUGGGGACAUCGUGGUUCCUAAGAUCUCAACUAUCCAUCAUAGAACCACCGUGAUUUUUUCCGUGCAGAUAGAGAUUUUCAAGAUCUACAAACCGAUAAUUAAACAAGAAGGGAAAUUAGCUGUGCUCGAAAAUUUCCGAGGACCACACUUGUUAGCGAUGAUUCAUUCUCAUUUCUUUCCCUUGAUAUCUUACUAUAUAUUUCUUCUCUUGUUCCUUUCUUUUCUCUUUCUCCUCUUUCUCGAUUGUAUGUUGUUAUAUAUAUAUGUACGUGUUGUUAAGGACAUUUUAACUAGUCAGAUAUUUUGGAAAAUAAAUAAACAUCAGCUCGUCGAAGCGAGCUAACAAUUUGGUGCCGUGACCGAUCUUCUUCUAUUUACUACAUCGAAGAAGAACGAACUUAUUAAUUAAUUUACUCAUCCGUGACGGAAAGAGUGAAGUAUCAUCUCAUCUUUCUAGGAAAGAGAGAAUUAGAUAUUUAUAUACAAGUUAAUUUCAAAAUUUAAUUAUCAAAAGAAGGUAUAUUUCUUAUAUAUAAAGUUCAAAUUUUUUGUCCUUCCUUUUAAGUGCAUAUAUAUAUCUAACAACGGCUACCGGUACAAGAAGAGCGAUUAAAAAAAGUGGAGCAAAUAUUUUAUCAUAUGAAUUAAUUACCAAUUCACCAACACGAAUAAGAAAUAAAAAACAAAACAAUAUGUCAUUUAUGCAAGAAAUGGAAACAACUCCGAUGGAAGAUCGACAAAUUUAUUUAAGUCAAAAAGAAGUAAUGAAGAGAAUAGCUGAAUUUUCAGGAGAAGCUGAUGAACUCGAUAUUGAUGAAUGGUUAUUUGAUUUAAAUAAUUUAUUUUCAUUAAUGAAAUUAAAAGAUGAAACAAAAAUUCUUGAAGCAAUGGGCAAAUUAACAGGACCAGCAUUAAUGUGGUAUCAAGAAAAUUUAAGAUCAUUCAUUACUUGGAAUGAUGCUGAAAAAGCAAUACGUGAUCGAUUCAAAGAAUUUACAUCCAACAGUCAAUUAAUGCAAGAAUUUUUUAAUAUUCAUCAAGAAGAGAACCAAUCCGUUAUAUCAUUUUAUGAAAAUGUAAUUCGGAAAUAUAGAAAAUCUCGACAAUUUAUUACUGAACAACAAGUUAUAACAGUAUUACAAAAUGGUGUUAAAAAUUCAUUAAAAGAAUAUUUAAUUCGUAAUGAAAAAGAAAUUAAAAUACCAGAAGAAUGGUUGCAAUUAGCAAAAGAAGAAGAAUAUAUACAAAAACGAAUUCAACAACAACAUAAUGGUUUAUAUUCUGGAACAAAAAAUAAAACAUUUUUUGAACAUAUAUUACCAACUGCAACAGUUCAACCAACACCAUCGAAUUUUCAAUUGUCGAGUCAACAGCCCUUUACAUCACGUCAUUACUAUAAACAACACCAUCAACAACUACCAUCAUUAACAAACAAUCGGACACAUUCAAAACCAAAUAAGUUUACAAAUCGUCAACAACAUCGAGAAAAUUAUCCAGAAAAUAAAAUUCAAAAAUCCAAUCCAUGUUUAAUUUGCAACAAAAACAAUCAUGCAACAAUAAAAUGUUUUUAUAAGAAAAACAACGGCUGUUUUAAAUGUGGACAAUCAAAUCAUCAAAUACGUGAUUGUUCUCAACAACAUUUUUUCGAAUAA